GGUCACCACGGUCAACAUCAUCGCAAAAUAAAACUAAACUAAAGGGAGAAGUAAAACUCUAAUAUCACCUGUUUCAUUUAAUAAGGAGCAAUGUUUUGUUUUUCAAUCGGGUACAACGCCCGAAUCAUAUGAAAAUACCUAUCGGAAAAAUUUCCCAAAAAAAUGGAAAAUAUGUCCGAUAGGUCUUCUAGGAAGAUUCGGGCGGUGUGCGCGAGUACAUCCUGUUAAAAUCAACAGUUUCCAACUUUCGUAUUUUUUUUGUUUGCCUUGUAUUCGUAAUACAAGAUGCGUAUUUUUGACAGGGUCAUAUAAAAAAAUAAAGUUGAUGAUUUCUCGUAAACAAAACGUUGUAUUGAAGUUUUCUCAACGGAGUCUUGCAGAGCUUAAAAAGCGGAAAUGAAGAAGUCUUUUUAUUUUGUUGUAUCUGUUUUAACAAAAUCGUUAAAUUUAGGUUUUUCUGGUUAUCUUUGAAAACGAUCAGAAUUUAUUUGGUUUUCAUUAAAGCAUGAUAAUAAAUAACUGUUUAAUACCUAAUCUUUUCUCUAAUUUGAUCAUCUUCGUAUCUUCUUUGGUUUCCGAGAUCAUCAUAAUAGACAUUCUAAUCUUUGACACAAUGUGUAUACCUACUAUAGGAUAUUUAGUAUUUAUUUAGGUUUUUUUGCCAUUCCGGAAAAUCGACGAUCUAGUGUAGGUAAGUAGUUUAUGGGGAUUGUCUAUAAGUAGGUACAAUUUUUAAAUACCCAAAUCAAAAAACCUGAAAAAAUUUAUUUAGGUUUUCUAAGUUGAUUUUAGCAAAGAAAAAGCACCAGUAAGAUUUUUGGGUUAUCCACUGAGCAGUCUCUGUACAAUGGGCGCUGUAUAUGUUUCUUACUUUAGCUGUAAUUAACAUUCUCCGAUGUGCUUUAAAAAAUCGUAAGUAGAAACAUCAUUUUGGGGUAUAUAAUUAUAGAUUUAUUCGAAACAAGAGAGAGAAUUGUGACAAAAUAAUGCAGUUGAACUGUAACCUACUAUGCAAAUGAACAAAAAUUGUAAAAUCGUUAAUUGAAAUUUGUGUAAAAGCGAAACGCUUCUUUGGCGCACGUGAAUCCGCGGCACGUUGGCGAUAUCACGUGGCCGAUCACGUGAAAAGAGAUUUUCCAUGUAUUUCUCUACUUCAUGUUAUUGGCAGAUUUGCUUUUCAUAGAGUCGUGCAUGCAUUCACUUUAAUGUAGUGACCAAAAUGUGCUUCUAGAUCCUUAUGUAUAAAUAUCUGUUAAGCAAGUAGUGCCUAUGUACCUACUUUACUUUAAAAUAGUGAUGGCCGAAAUUGUCACGAAACCACAAUUUAAAAACAGUUUCUCUCUUUUAGGAACCCAACAAGGUGAUCUUUAUAUAGUGGAUAAAAGGUGUUUAUCACAUUUGGAGGAGAUAUUUGAAAACCUUAUACUAGAAGAUCGUACUUUGAGAACAUACAGAAGAGCGAUUGGCUUUGGGGAAAAUAUUCGCAAAGACCUUAUCCCGCUUUUAAUAAACGUUAGGAGCUGUAUAGCAGUUGAUGAAGCGACUAAAAUUAUUGACGCAAUUGUUAAAAUUUUACUUAAUCUCACGGCGCCCGUUGAGUGUCUACUCUCAUUGGAACACGAAUCGCAAACUGAUGUCGGAAGGCAUACGAUCUUUGAGUUAAAUCGUCUGCUUAUAACCAGCAAGGCGGCCUUUACUAAUAAUCGAAGCACGAAAGCAGUGGUUGAUCACAUAAAAUAUAUUGCGGAGCAGGCAUCAAAUUUGAAUAAUGAACAAUGUGAGAGUAUCCAUAACUGCUUGUUGCUGCUGAGAAAUGUUUUACAUAUACCAGAAAAUCCAUUUUAUUAUUCUUCUACAUCUCCAACGAGCAUGCAAAACUAUAUCGUUUGGAAUCUGUUUUCUCAAAGUAUGGACAAAAUGCUCAUAUAUUUAAUAACCUGUCCUCAAAAGGUAUAUUGGGUAUCGACUAUGGUGCAGUUGAUAGCUUCACUGUAUAAGGAUCUACACGUUGACACGUUACAGAAGUUACUAUGUUUGUGGUUUGAUACAUCUCUUAGUGAAAGUUCCGAAGACAAUGAAAGUAAUACAUCGCCACAAAGCGGGAGAAGUGGCGAAUCCUCACCUGUAGUGACCUCAGAUCCGACUUCUGAUUCUAGUGACAAUAGCAGUAAACAUACUGGUCCUCUAAAAAUGACACUUGAACGACAUAAAAAUAACACGUGUCUCUUUGCGGUUGAGACUAUAAGCGUUUCCCACAAGUCAUCAAAUGCAAAUGCUGCACGGAAGUACAGCAUUGACUCUGGAGUUUGCCUUGAGCCCGUCUUAAAAAAUAUGAAAAGAUAUGUACCUAUUCAAAUAAGUGGGUCCAAGUAUGACGUAACUCAAUUGCACAGUAAAGGUGAAACCGUUUCAACCUCAAGCAAUGACGAUGAUCAAAUACCUGAAAAACCAAUACAUCACUUUGCACGUCUUGGUCUUAUGCGAUCUCAUAAUGUAAGUUUGCUUGAAAAAAAAGAGCUGAAGCGAAAGAAAUUGGUAAAACGCAGUAAGGCGAACAUCAUCAAUAUGAAAGCAGUACUACACCAUAUACCUACGGACGAAGAUGUUGCAGAUGUACUCAAAGAAUUUACUGUCGACCUUCUUUUAAAAGCCUUUAGUAUUCUGGUUCAAGAUCUUUACACUUAUCUUGUAACAAACGUUAAUGUAUCGAUGGACAUCUCCCAUUUUCUUUGGCUGGUUACAUAUUUUUUGAAAUUUGCAACCCAAUUAGAACUGGAUCUAGAGUUCAUAAAUCCUGUUCUUUCAUAUAAUGUGGUAUCAUAUCUGGUUUUUCAGGGCAUUUCAUUAUUUGAAAACUUUCAAAUAAGUUGUCGAAUGUCACAUAAUGUUAAACCUUGCUUCCGAAGAUUGCAUUUGGUUGUUACAGCUAUAAGAGAAUUUAUCCAGUCGUUACAGAAGUAUGACGAAACUAAGCAUUUAAGUAACUCGGACCAUGCGAGACUUUUAAUUUUACAAAGACAAAUGAUAGAGUUGGAAGAACUACGAAAUUUUUUUCUCUUGUUAUUACGUCACUAUAACUUUGAUCAUCACAGUAAUGCCUAUCUAGAAGAUAUUAUCGUCACGAAUCAUCAUUACCUGUUACUUUUGGAUAAAAUGUCCAAAACUGAGGGCGUGAAGGUUAAAAUUAAGGAUCAUUUAAAGGAAUUUGCAACAAUUGAAUGCAUGCGUCUAUACGGAAUACUUUUGGAAAAUUUCCAAGGAAACAGAAACCAUGUCAAUGAUUGCAUAUUUACGAUGAUGCAUCAUACAGCCGGUGAUUUGGAGAACAUGGCUACAUUGUUUCAACCUGCAAUUUUAAGAACAUUUUCGGAAAUGUGGGAAACAGAUUUCAAGCUGUGUGAUGAUUGGUCGGAUUUAAUUGAGUUUGUGAUUCACAAUUUUAUGAACGUUUCUAAAUAUGACUCGGCAUUAAAUACUGCGGAAAACUGUUCUACAUAUGGAUUAGCCUGCCAUUUCUCUGGAACCAAUGAGAUGGAAAAUGGCCUAUGUGAACAAUACAGUCAACAUAUUUCCAUUUCUCACACAACAAAAAGUUUCUUCUCAACUGCUUCAUCAGCUGCACAUUCAAAUUACAUUGAAUAUGAAAUUUUUAGCAAUGAAGUAAAUCUAUUAAAGGGGUAUUUUAUCAAAGAUGGCAAACAAAAAUAUUUACUCUGGUUACAAAAAUCAGUGCUGGAAGCUCGUCUUUGCAAAUUAAUUGUAACCCAUGAACGUUCAAUGGAGUAUCAAAGUCAGAUAUUACAACCUGUUACAUAUUACAAUACCGUGUUAAAUUUACCAAUUCCACUCGUUCCGUGGACAUUAGAACAAACAAAUAUUAUUAAAUAUCAGCCCUUUGUGUCACUUCUACUUCAUUUUGGAUUUAUACUGCCCGGUGAUACAGAUAACAUUUUCAUCAAAAUACCAAAUUUUUGGACAAGCAAGGACAUGCUUGAUAUUGCGGAACAAUUAGGACCAAUUGACUACGACUUUUUUAAAUUUAUAGUUUCACCUACGAAAAUAAAUGAAGUCAAAAUAUCACAUAGGAUAUAGGUUUUUUCAUCUAAAGGGAGAAGAUUUUUUAAGUCAGGAUCAGUUGGACUCAUAUGCUGUAGGUACAUAUGAGUAAACAUUGGUUUCAGUGGUUCAAACUCCCACGCACGAUACGGAAUUGGAAACUAGAACUAGAUAAGUAAAGACCACAUUUUACUGAACCGAAUCUUUGUACACAAUUUGCUAUUAAUAGUAAAUAAUUAUUUACUAAUAGACUAGAAAACUGUGUGUAUUGAUUAAAUACGUUGUGUGUUUGUUACCUUAGGCGCGGUUCCCACUGGAGCGAUGCGAUAAGCGAUGCAACAUGAGCAAUCUUUUAUCGCAUAUUCGCGUAAGGUGCUUUAAGCUUUUCAGCUAUUUGUUUCCACGUAACACCUGUCAAAUCAGUCCUGCUAUAACUUUUCAAUGCAUAGUUCCAUAAACACGCUUUCUGCUCCACCAAUUUCACGAAGGAAAUAGAGGAUUGUACGUCUUCUUGCUGACCCUGCAUGAUUAAUCGGACGUGUCGAACGAUAUGCGCUCAAAGCGACCCGGCAGCUAUGUCUCUCGCCCCGACGCGACUCCGAUAAUUAUCGGCGUAGUAUCGCGAUCGCUCCAGUGUGUACCAGAUAAGUUGCUUCCAUUACCUUUGCACGAUUAUGAGUGAUCGGUGUCGAAUCAGGAUCGGGUUGCUUAUCGAAUCGCCUGUUGCAUCGCUUAUCGUAUCGCUCCAGUGGGAACCGCGCCUUAGAUUAUAUAUAGAUACUGUGUCAAGUAACAGGCUAGAUGUUAAGAUACUCAGUGAUUAAAUAUGCAAUGCUUGUUUUAAGAGUUGAAAAAAAAAACUACACAAUAGGUAUAAUUCAAUGGUAUAAUUUUAAAUAUACCUACCUAUUACCUAGAUAAUAUACAGUGGGGAUCCGUCCAUAUUCAUAUGUGUGUCUGAAGCCGCAACUCAUACUGUAACUCCCUUGGAAUUAGUUUUAGAUUACUACUAAUUAGUUAAAACUAAUAUUCUAAUUUUCUUGCGGUUUUUUUUCUUAAGACAAAGGGAGGAUUAGAGCGUGUGGUGUAAACAUUUUGCCCACCUCGCAUUGUGGGUUUCAGAACAAAAAAUCCUUAGCCCUCCAAUUUCUAUAUCCUGCUAUAUCUUCGAAGUUAUAUUAACCUGUGAACCUGUUAAUUUUCUUACGAUCCUCUUAGAAUCUUCCCCGGAUACUCUCAGAAUAAUUUUAAGAACCUUCAUGCAAUCUUCAGAAUAAUAAUUGGAAUCCACAUUGGAAAUGUUCGUAGAAUCAUCUUCUUGCAAUCUUUGUAGAAUUGUCUUGAAAUGUUGUCGGAAGCAUAAAAUAUUAUCUACUAAAAAAUGAGAUGGUUGUGAAUGUGCGUGUGUCUGAAUUGAGGCAUUAACCCUAAAAGGGUUUGGCCUAGCCCCUAGCUCCCCUGUUUGUUUAAUAUAGAUAGGUAUAGGUACCCAGAUAGCACCAAACGUUCGAAAGACGUUCUGUUUAAGUACAAAUAAUGCCAAAACGUUCCGUAACGAUUGGCUCAAAUGUUCCUCCAUCGUACGUCCAUCCAAAGAAAGGUUAUACACUGCCUAUUUUUUGCCCCGAAAAAAAAUUGUCUCGGAUCGACCCGGAAAAUUUUUUCUUAUAGAACGUGGCCUGUAGAAUCCAUAAUUUCAA